GGCUUCCUCCACCAUUUCGCUCCCUCUGAAGUCUCCUCCCAACAGCCGCUAUAUUCAGUGAGCCGAACCCGCAUUCUCCCGUUUCGUUAUUUUCCCGCUCGCACUGUCCCGCGGACGUCUCGCUGGGUACCGAGAGACGAUUUGGAGUAGCCCCAUCACGGAUUGAGUACGAUUUCAGGAGGAUGGCGGCUCCGUCAUCGACUUUUUAGUGAAAGAAAACGGCUCGGAAAUUUCAGAAGCAGAGGGCGCCGUUAACUCAGCAUCCUGGAAGUGGAAAGUGCAGAAGAGUCUGGUCCAACACCACAGUCAGGUGCAGUGGGUUGUGGCGGCAGGGCCAAAGGAGGACGUUUUGGGGAGGCAGCAGUACAGCAGCCUCCCCCCACGGCUGUGGCUGUGCUGGGUGGCGCCCUCCUGGCUGCCCAGAAUGUGGCCGGGUCAUCCCAGCAUGCCCUGCAGCCGGCCACAGCUGCCCUCUCUGCUCCAUUGUCCAGCAACAUUUUGUCACAGCAAGAGACAGACGCACAUACCAAGGAACAGACACCUACAGAGGUUCACAGAAACGGUAAAACUGAAGGCAGCAGUACAGACGAAACUGACACUGACAAUUUUCAAAAAGGAUUGGCUACCUCUUUGUACCAGAACUUCAGUAGCCCUGCAUAUUCCCAGACAGUACAACCUUUUCCAAGCAGACUUGUGGACAUACAGGCAGACCUUGCACAAACAACAGAAGUAUUGCACAGGUCAGACGGAGGUUGCAAUUCCGACUGGCAGAAGGACUUUACAGUGGAAGGAUCUGCUCAUUCAGACCAAGAGGAAAUCCUACAGGAGGGGCCAGCAGGAGGACCAGAAGGUGAAAUACAAGACAGAAGAGGACAGCAGCACCCAACGAAGGCAAGAUCAGUGCAGGAAGUUGCAAAUACAGAGGUGCUGGGACAAGGGGGUGAAAACGGAAAAGUUUCUCUUUGUUUCAGCCAGUACAGCUCCCCUCUGGCUGUCAGCUUUUUUGCAGGUACACAUAACAAGGAACCUAAAGACAUGGAUCAUUCCCAAACCACCUCACCAGAUCAGUCAACUGAGCCCAGCUCCCUUCCUCAGUCUGGCUCCAAAGAGGGAGAGAUCUUUGGUCCAAUUAUUGAGAACCUCUCUCCUUCAUUUUCCGACUCUGACAGCUUACAGGUUAAACACACAGAAUCCACGUUUAGAACACACUCUCUGGAUUGCAGUGAAAGGGAGAAAAGGACAAUACAGGGAGAAGUGGAUGGAGUGGAAGACCUGUCACCAAAAGCAGUGCAGGAGGGCUCUGAACAGUUCACAGAAGAAACAGAGUGUGAACUUUUGGGUAUUGGGGAGCAAUCUCUCUGCUCUACAUACCAUCUACAACCUGAAGGCGUAUGCACAGAACGGACUCCCUCACCUCUGCAAGCAAAGAUUCAUGGGACCCCAAAACCUGGAGACUUCACUUUUAAACCGCAUGGACUUCCAGGGAAUCCUUUCCCCUGUGAUACAGCAGACAAUGGGGAAAAGGAGUCUAGUUCACAAGGUGCUUGCUUCCCCCCACUGCCAGUGGGGAGGGACAGGAUUUACGAAGAGAGUGAAAAAGAUCAGUCCAUUUUAUCCAUUGCGAGUGGUAAUACUGUGCAGGCGAAUCUCUUGGAAACCAGAACAUCCUCUCCAGCUAAUGUUCUUCAAAAUGCUAUGGAUGUUGCAGUCCAGCUCGAUGUGUCAUACCUCAGGGAGGCACCAGAGCCAGGUCUACAGGAACAUCCUGUUCUAGUUGAGAAGGCUGAAUCAGUUUUGUCAGAACAAGAGUUCUGUAAUCAAAACAUAGUGGUUUCUGAUCUUGUAGGUCCAAGUGGAUCCCAUGAGACUGUAACAGCAAAUCAGGCUUUAAAAUGCAUUGAAUGUCCUGAAGUGGAAUUGAAGCAGAGUUGUGUUGCAGAGAAAGCUUUGCUAAGUAAUGCUGCUACAGUUGAAAAGGAAAUGCUCCCUGACACUGCUGGAGAACUGAGGUUGGAGAGGGUUGCAGCUUCUAGUAUGAGAGAGAGGGUCGUAAACCCGCAAGGUGGAACACAGGAUUCUGGGAUUUUUUGUCUUGAGGAGAUGGGGAGAGAAAACCAUGCCAGCAUUGUGCAGUCAUUGCCCUCACCUCACAAUCUGCAGAAAAUUGGCAGGAUUCCUAAAACUCCAGAGAAAAGUCAAACAGGAGCGCAGCUUGACUCUCAACAACUGUCACACCCUCAGACUGGCAACGUCAACAAUGACUCUUGUACCCAGCUGGAGAAUAGCCCCCCUCAACCACAUCACAACCUCUCUCUAAGUGAUGAUGGUCCAAACGUCGUAGAAAAUGUCAUCAGUUGUCCUCUAAGCCUUCCUGUGACAAAAAAUAGUGAUGGUCAGGGGGAACCGCAGGAUCCAGCAAACAAAAAUAAAAUUGAGUUGCUGGAGGACUUGACUGAAUUGAAUGUCACUCAGACUUCCUUGAACCCUAGCAUGUGUACCCAAACUAUCAUUCCUCUGGGGCAGCUAAGCAGAGGCGAUGAACAGUUGGGUGAGAAUGAGACCAAAGAACAUGCAGAUAAAUCUGGCCUCCCGGUAACUGUUGUGGCAAAAGGCAGUAGCCUUCAAACAGGAUUAGGCGCAUUACCAAUAAAGUCCAUAGAUAUUUGGGCUGCAACAGUCACUGCAGAUCAUACAGAGACAAACACUUCCCCUGAUACACUGCAGAGGGUCAGUUGCAUACAACCGAUCUCCCCAGACAAAAGAAUGAUGGAAGCAUCCAAGACACCUCUCACUAAUGUCACACUGGGACAUGCAUAUUCGCCUGGAGAAGGAGGGAGAAAAAGUAUUUUGUCCCCACUUGUCAGUGUGUCUGUGGAGGGCAGUCAGUCCCACACCACUUCUUUACCUGAUGAAGUAUCUAAGGGGCUGGGAUCCUCCUUGCAAAGUGAACGCCUUCCUCAUGCUGAGCUCCCAGUUUCCUUCCAAGGAAGUAUGCAAGAUUCUGGGUGCCCUUCUUUUCCCGUUCUCACCGACUCCUCUGUUCUUGCAGCAAAGGUUGCAACCAUGGAGGCUGGCAAAGAUCAGGAACCCCCAGUUAUUCAGAUAACAGAAGACAUGCAUGAGGCUAUAUCCUAUGAUCAUGCCAUUUCAUCUGGUGUUGAUCCCAAGCUUCUUAUCUUAAAUUUGUCAGACACCCCUUUAGACAGAUGCCCUCCCACCAUCUUGGGUGGGCUGUCAAGUAAUUUAGAGGCAUUGUGUUUACCUACCACCCAGGCAAGUAGCUCAGUUUGUGAGUCUGGCAGGGUUUCUGUAGAGUGCCUUCCCAAAUCUGGUUUGCCCACAGACUCGGUGCCUGAAGUACUCACAGACCCUUCUAACCACAGUGAACCUGCAUCUCUUUGCUUUACCCCUGUGCAGAAUCCGCUCUCUUUGGCCUCUUCCACUCUCAGACUGCCUCAAAGUGAGUCUGAGUUUGAGGCCUUAGAUGAGGUCAAAGCAUCCCCAGAGAGUACUUGUACAUUGUCCGAAAAUCAAGACAUCACCACACUGGCUGCAGCUGUUACUCCUUUGUCAGUCACUCCCCUACCUCUAUCGGACAGGAAUAUCUUAAGCAAUGUCCAAACCAACCUGGGCUAUCACACCAUGCCCAGCAAAGACUCAGAAAGCACUCAUCUUUUCACAGAUGUUUUGGAGUUGGAGCAAUGUGAGCGACUACCAGUUCCCCAACUGUCCAUCUCAGUCACCCAGUCUCCUACCCCAGAGAGAGAGUGCACAAAUAGGAGUGAAAAUAGUGACAGUGAAACUGAACUUGCAGGAACAUCUCAGGCCUCAGGCUCUAACUUUGCCACCCCUAGUUCAGCAGAGAACAAGGUGUGUCGAUGGAUAGCAGACAGGAUUUUGGCAAACUCACCUCUUCCUCCUGCACCCUCUCCAUCCACUUGGGUGUCCACCCAGAUAGAUCGGGCCUUUGCUCCACUGCGAGGACCCCAUGGUAAAUUCAUCUCUCCACCUACCCGGGGCCCAGGAGGGCCCCAACAAUCUGAUCCAGCCUACACUACGCGUCCUCGUCCAGAGAGGCACACGGACAUGGCAGAGUUGGCCAAGCAUGAAGCAGAGAUUGAGCACCGGUCUCUUGCUCUGAAGCGGGAGGGAUUCUGGUCCCUGAAGCGCCUCUCUCGUGUGGCAGAACCAGGUCGGACCAAAGUGCACUGGGACUAUCUAUGUGAGGAGAUGCAGUGGCUUUCUGCUGACUUUGCCCAAGAGAGAAGGUGGAAGAGAGGGGUAGCUCGGAAGGUAGUGCGGAUGGUGAUGCGACACCAUGAAGAACAGAGGCAGAAAGAGGAGAAAGCCAAGCGGGAGGAACAGGCCAAGCUGCGCCGGGUGGCCUCUUCAAUAGCCAAGGAAGUUCGGGCUUUUUGGAGCAGUGUGGAGAAGGUGGUACAAUUUAAGCAGCAGUCUCGCCUGGAGGAGAAGCGGAAGAAAGCCCUAGACCUUCAGUUGGACUUCAUUGUGGGCCAGACGGAACGCUACUCUGACCUACUCAGCCAGUCCCUUAGUGAGGCCAAUGUAGUUGCUCCUCCAAUAGCCACCCCUCUAACCAGCCCUGAAGCAGCAAGCUCUGGACCCAAAGGAAUACAGCAUCACCUGCAAGAUGAGGAUGAUGGAGACUUUGAACCUCCGUGUGAGGAGGAGGAUGAUGAGGAGACCAUUGAGGUGGAAGAACAACAAGAAGGAAAUGAUGCUGAAACGCGUAGGCGGGAGAUCGAGUUGCUCCGGCAUGAGGGCACCCUGCCUCUGGACCAGCUACUGCAUACACUUACCCAGUCACAGGAUGUCCCUGCUGAAGAUGAUUCUUCAGAAAGUUCGAUUUCUGGUGCUGAAGAGGAAGAGGAUGAGGAGUUUACAGCCAAUGAAGAUGAUGCUGAGGAUGAGGAAGAAACCAUUGCAGCUCAGGAGGUGGUCGAAGGGGGAGCUGAUCACUCUGAGCUCGGCGACCUGGCAAGAGAAGGUGAAAUGAGUCUUGACGAACUGUUGGAGAAGUAUAGAGGAGCAUACAGCGAUGAUUUUGAAAUGCCUUCAGCCUCAGUUUCCCCCACCAGCUCUGAGGAGGAGUCCGUCACCUCUGGAGAUGUUGAGGAAGAUAGUGAUGGAGACCACAGCAGCAGACAAAGCAGCAGCUCCUCUGAUGGCUCAGAAACUGUAGAAAGUGAUGAUGAAGGUGGCGAAGGGAUGGAGAUCCUGCUAAAGGGAGGAGAACGCAGUCCCCCUGGCCCUGCUGCCGCACGGCCUAAGGAGAUCAGCCACAUCGCUGCAACUGCUGAGAGCUUGCAACCUAAGGGCUAUACACUUGCCACCACACAGGUGAAGACGCCCAUUCCCUUCCUCCUACACGGCACAUUGCGGGAAUACCAGCACAUCGGCCUGGACUGGCUGGUCACCAUGUAUGAAAAGAAGCUGAAUGGUAUCCUGGCUGAUGAGAUGGGGCUGGGAAAAACUAUCCAGACCAUUGCUCUGUUGGCUCAUCUUGCCUGUGAAAAAGGUAAUUGGGGUCCUCACCUGAUCAUUGUACCAACCAGUGUAAUGCUCAACUGGGAGAUGGAGUUGAAGCGCUGGUGUCCUGGUUUCAAGAUUCUGACUUACUAUGGAAGCCAGAAGGAGCGUAAACUGAAGAGACAGGGUUGGACAAAGCCCAAUGCAUUCCAUGUGUGCAUCACCUCGUACAAACUGGUAUUGCAAGAUCACCAAGCCUUUCGGAGGAAAUCAUGGCGAUACCUUAUUCUGGACGAGGCCCAAAACAUCAAGAACUUCAAAUCACAGCGCUGGCAGAGCUUACUCAACUUCAACAGUCAGAGGCGUCUGCUACUGACUGGUACACCCCUGCAGAACAGUCUGAUGGAACUGUGGUCCCUCAUGCACUUCCUCAUGCCUCACGUCUUCCAGUCGCACCGUGAAUUCAAAGAGUGGUUCUCAAAUCCCCUCACUGGCAUGAUCGAGGGCAGCCAGGAGUACAACGAAGGCCUAGUCAAGAGGCUCCACAAGGUCCUACGGCCUUUUCUCCUGCGAAGAAUUAAGGCCGACGUGGAGAAGCAGAUGCCCAAGAAGUAUGAGCAUGUGGUGCGCUGUCGUCUCUCCAAAAGACAGCGGUUCCUUUAUGAUGACUUCAUGGCACAAGCCUCGACUCGGGAGACUCUGGCAAGUGGACACUUCAUGUCCGUGAUAAACAUCCUGAUGCAGUUGCGAAAAGUGUGCAACCACCCUGACCUGUUUGACCCCCGGCCCAUACACUCGCCCUUCAUCACAGCUCCCAUACUCUUCUGCACUGCGUCCAUUGUGCUGCAAGCUCUUGAGAAAUCUGCUUUCAAGUGCUGUGACCUGUCCAUGUUUGAUCUGGUGGACCUGGAGAGACGUGUGUCCCGAUAUCAGGCAGAUGUCUUCCUGCCUCGCAGGAAGGUAACACCUAGGCUGGUGCAAGAAAUCAUGGACUCCCCAGAUCCACCACCACGACCCAAACCUGUUCGUAUGAAGGUCAACAGGAUGUUCCAGCCAUUGCCCAAGACAGACGGACGCACAGUGUUACUUGUUAACAGCCCCCGGCCCCCUGGUCCUGAUCUUGGGGCUUCUCUUGCCCCGCGACCUCCUGUGCGCCUGGAUACGGUCCCAUCAGCCACAGCUGUACAACCAGCCCCUCAGGUUGCUGUGUCCACAGUAGCUGCUACCACCCUACCACCACCCCCAGUGCCUCUCAGCAUUCCUGCAUCAGUAACAAUGUGUGCUGGGUCAGGUGCACCUGUGCGGCAAGGUCCUCCUGUUCCUGUUAUGUGUGUGCGCCCCCCUGCUGCCUCUGGGGCCUCCCCUUCACCAGCCUUCAGUCCGCCACCCUCCAGCGCCAUGACACAGAGGGUUCUACUGAGCCCAGACAUGCAAGCCCGUCUGCCUUCUGGGGAGGUAGUCAGCAUCGCUCAGCUGGCUUCUCUGGCAGGCCGGCCUGUGUCUUCCUGCCAGGGCAGUAAACCGGUGACCUUUCAGCUGCAGGGCAACAAGCUCACUCUCUCUGGAGCCCAACUCCACCAAGUCGCUAUGGCACAGCCCCGCCCCGUCCAGGGGAAUGUAGUUCAUCUGUUAUCCAGUGGAGGGCAGCACCACCUGAUCAGCCAGCCAACACAGGUGGCUGUGAUUCAGACGGUCAGUCAAGGAGGGGGCAGCACAGUCAACACUCACCCUCCGCCAGCCCCCUCUGGACCUCCUGGUCUAGCGUUGCCUCUCAACACUGCACAAGUGCCCUCCUCUGUGGUGACCAGCCCAGGAAUUGUGAAGAUAGUAGUCCGCCAGUCAACUGGGAAGGAGGGAGGGGCAGUCUCUUCCCUGGCUGUGCCACCACCCCCUCGUCUACCCACUGUUCCCUCUCCUGACACUGCCCCUCAUGUCAAUAUCAGCUCCUCUUUCAGGCCUUCUGUCACUAUACAGCCCCCUUCCAGCCACACUGCCCCUUCCGGAACUACCUCAGCUCCCACUCAAACCCACCUCACCCGUCCAGUCUUUAGGGUUUUGCAAGGUCCAGCAGUUGGCACAGAGCAAGCCAGUCAAGCAAAGCAAUUUGAUUCCCCAGUCUCUACGGAGGAGCUGAAGGAAGCUGCUGCUUCCAUGCAGAAAGGUCGAGUAAGUACACCUUCAGGACGUGAAGACAAUACUGAUGUUAUAACCCUACGAAUGGCAGCACCUCCCAACAUGGGAUCCUUUGGAGUAGGACAUGGCUUUCCACGAGCUCGGACACAGCCUCCCCCACCUCCACGCUCCCCCUUUUACAUGUCGUGGCUGGCAAAUCGGCGCAAGUUGCAGCGUGAAUGUCGCCUCAACCGGAUCCUGCUUGUCAAUGAACGGCAUUGCAGUGCUAAGCCUGUAUAUGGUCGCGAGGUCUUGGAUUUCCUCACUUUUCUCCCGUGUGCUGCACCAUCCCCUCCUGCCCCUAAAAACUGGGGUCAUGCAGGACACACCAACUGCUUGUCCGCUCAGACUCCUACCCCUGGGAUCUACUGGACGCAGAGUGAGGCACUGAGAGCUGCUAUUCAUUCAACAGAAGAGAGGUUACAGCUGCUGAGUGACAUCAUAGACAGGUACAUCUUCAUUGUCCCACCUGUGGAGGCGCCACCUAUCACCAUGCACAGUUGCCAUCCACCUCCCUGGCUGAGCCAUCAGCAAGCUGCCUUCUCCUCUACCCUGUCCUCCAAACUUGCGCCCCUCACCCAGUCCUUACACCGCGUCCAGUGCAACAUGAGGACCCACUUCCCUGACCUUAGGCUGAUCCAGUAUGAUUGUGGUAAGCUGCAGACCCUGCACUCCCUGCUGCGGAGACUGAAGGGUGGGGGCCAUCGUGUGCUUAUCUUCACUCAGAUGACCCGGAUGUUAGAUGUGCUGGAGCAGUUCCUCAAUUAUCAUGGACAUAUCUACUUGCGGUUGGAUGGCAGCACCCGAGUGGAGCAGCGACAGGCUCUAAUGGAGCGAUUCAAUGCUGACAGGCGGAUCUUCUGCUUCAUCUUAUCAACCCGUAGUGGCGGGGUUGGGGUCAAUCUGACAGGAGCCGACACUGUAGUCUUUUAUGACAGUGACUGGAACCCCACCAUGGAUGCCCAGGCUCAGGACCGUUGCCAUCGCAUUGGUCAGACCAGAGAUGUACACAUCUACAGGCUGAUAAGUGAGCGCACAGUGGAAGAGAACAUCCUGAAAAAAGCAAACCAGAAGAGAAUGCUGGGAGACAUGGCCAUUGAGGGAGGCAACUUCACCACUGCCUUUUUCAAACAGCAAACAAUCAGAGAACUCUUUGAUGUUUGUGAGGGGGAGAAGAAAGAGGUGGAUGUAAGUCUACAUCCCCGUCCAGAGGAAGAGGAUGCACUCAGUAAACAGCACACAAUCAUUCUUGAGCAGGCCCUGUGCCGUGCAGAGGACGAGGAAGACAUUGUGGCUGCUUCCCAAGCUAAAGCGGAACAGGUGGCUGAACUGGCUGAAUUCAAUGAGAGCAUCCCAUUUGAAGAGCCUGGUGAAGCAGCGGUGCGAGAGCAGCAACAGGAAGAGGAGGAGCUCUCCAAGGCUGAGCAAGAAAUAGCUGCUCUUGUUGAGCAGCUUACUCCUAUAGAGCGCUAUGCCAUGAAUUUUUUGGAGGCCUCGCUGGAAGAUGUUUGCAAGGAGGAGUUGAAACAGGCUGAGGAACAGGUUGAAGCAGCCAGGAAAGGUCUGGACCAGGCAAAGGAGGAGGGUCUGAAAUUGCCGCUGACUUCUGACAGUGAUGAUGAGGAGUCUGGUCCAUUGCCCUGUGCUGAGGAAACCCUGCAUCCCACACCCAACCGUCGCCCCCGAAAACACAAGGAGAAGGGGGCACCCUCCACUCGCGCCAGUGGGAGACUCAGAGGGGCAACAACAACACCUGUUGAAGACCCCAAACUAACCCCAACACGUGUUAGGGCUGAGGAUACGGGAAAGGGAACAGAGGAGGUGAACUUAAAUAAAGAUUUGCCUUCUGCUUUUCUCGCUCAGUCUGCUCAUGUUCCUCAACAGCAUCGUGUUGAUCCUGGCUGUGUCAAGCUCAAGAAGGACAACCCAAUGCCACAACCAGUGAUGAGAGAAGUGCCUGACAGUAGCUACUGCGCUCUGCAAGGAAGGGAUACAACCAAAGAUUUCUCUGCUUCAACCAAUCACUCACCUGUCCACAUAGAGAAAGCCCAGACAAUGUCACCUUUCCCAAUGGUUCUAGAACCGACAAACCUUGGGUGGGUUUGCCCUUCUUCUGGUUCAGAUUUGAUGCCUGGAUCCCAAUCAGCACCUUUUCCUGCAUCCCCCUUGCAUCUGCCCAGCCUUGUGCCUUCCACUGCCUUUACUCCUGCAACUGUAAUCUUUCACACUAUCCAAGCCCCUUUAGCCUCCCCCUGUCAUUCUUUAAGUGAUGAGGAAGGUAAAGACCAGUUGGAAGGGAUUCAAUCAGAUUCUUCCAAGGUGUCCAUGGAAGCUAUUCUUCAGUCCCCCAUUGUGAAUGACAAGAAGCAACAUGGGGAUUUCAAAGGGACUGUAUUGACUGCAAGUAGCUUGAUCCAAACACCAGUAGGUUCCCCUAAACCUCAAUGUGUUUCUGCCCACACCCAACAUUAUGAUAGUGGCACACAGCACACAAAUAACCCAGCCCAUGAGCAGCUGACUCCCCAUUUGGUAACGCUGCCUUCUCACCCUGUAGUCCUUUCCACCCUUGCCCGGUCUCCACGAAAGCGGCAAUCUGCUGAUGGGGAGGUCUUGAGUGGCCUUCCUGAAGACUCACCAUCUGCUAAAGUCCUCCGGAAGCUGCCAGGCCGCCUAGUCACUGUGGUAGAAGAUAAGGAGCCCAAGAAAAGGAAAAGGAGAGUAAGUGGAGGAGGAGGAUCAAGCACUGGGAAACCAGAUGGAAGUGCUCAGACGAGCAAAUCAGUAAAUGAGCUAAGUAGAGGAACUGUACCUCCGACUCCUGACAGACCCAGCUCUUCUCAAAAGGAGAACAAAGUAACAGGACAAAUGUCACCUUCGAAAAUAUCACCACUACUUCAGCUAUCCCAAAACUCCCCUUCAGCUUACCCAAGUAGGGCUGGAGUGAUCUCUCCCUACUCACCCACCCACCAUUCUCCAGAUAUGCCGGUCUUGAGAAACUUACCUGUGCGGCGACGGCUAGAGACAGAGUCUCGCAUGGCUGCCCAAUUAGGAGAGCAGCAACCAGGAAGAGGAAGGGGAAGAGGAGAGAGGAGGACUAGUUUAUCUCCCAACUUUCCUCGAAAAAAGGAUAUUAAACUGGAAGGAAGCAAGGAUUCCAUGAGUUCUCUACAAACUUGCAAUUAUGUCAUUCCUAAUGUGAACACAACUUCCCCAGGAAAACGCAAGAGAGGUCGUCCUCCCAAGAUGCCGCACAGAGUAACAGAUUCUCCUACAGAGCUGCCCUCCUCUGCCCUGAUUAUGGAGGUGGAAAGAACAGGCAGUGUAGAAGGGAGCCCCUCUUCCUCUCCAAAACGCAAGAGGGGUCGCCCUCGUAAGGGCUCUCUAAAAGUAAGUGAGCCCAUCUGGAUGGGAAAGGUUGAUUUGGACCCUGUGUCCUCCCCUGCAGCCUGCCCACUUAGCCCACAUUCAGACAGAGCCACUCCAACAACAGAAGUACACAGUUGUAGCAGUACCCUGAACAGUGCCUGCACCCAACUGGAUGGAUCUGCUGCUACUCUCUUAACAUCCUGUCCCACUCAGGGUGCCAUCAAGAAUGAAGCUGAACUGGUUAAAGCAGAAGAGGAAGAUCAGGGUGGGAAGGAUACAGAAACUGCAUCAGAGGAGGAGGUGCAUGAAAGAACACAGAACAGGGAGUCCACAAAGCAAAAAGACACUGUAGAAAAUGAGAAGGAAGGGAAAGAAGUGGAAGGUUUCUGUGAGCAAGGGGGUUCAUCUCAGCCAAACAAGAGAGUUGUCACAUGCAUAUCCGGGAGCCAAGAAUUAGACCCUCAUUCACCGACACCUUCACCCUCAUUUGCGGUGAACCAAACCACUCUUGAAAUUGAGGGGGCUGGCAAUCAAGAGAAAGAGGACCGAAAUAGACCUGAGGAGAACAGGAACACUGACCAGAAGAGACUCAGCAGUCGACAGAGCAGUCAAGACUCUGCACGUUCUUCCUCCCCCUCCUCAGUUUCUUCAAAUUCCACCUCCACCUGUUUGCCUCUCUCCAUAAAGGAGGAAGCAUGUGUCGCACCAAUGAAGAGGAAACAAGAGCAUGUGAAUGCUGAGAGAGAGAAGGGGGACAACAUGGAGGGAGUGCCUUGUUUCCUUCACGCCAGGCAUUCUGAGUCAGCCUGUCCUCCUAUGCCAUUUCCAAUUCCUCAACAACAGUCCUUGUCAUCUGACUCUGAUGAAUCUUGUGGGGAUAUAAAGGAGCAACGCCUCACCCGAGCAUCCCAGAAGAAGCUGGAACAAGCAGAAGAGAUUGGAGAGAUGGAAUCAGACAAAGAUGCCAAUAACAGAAGGAAAAAAAGAUCAGCUUCUACUCCAGACAGAGGAGCCAGAGACAAGCCUGGCAGUAAUGUUUCUGCUAGGGCCACCCGAAAAUCCUUAGGCCCUCAGCCUUCCCCUGAAUGCACACCACAGUCACCAGCUGUUCCAGAAGUCCUGGGAAAGAGGUGCUCAGCCCUGAAUGCUGCGGCUAAACUUCUAGCCAUGCGUGGCAGAGGAAAUGAAGGGUCGAGUAGUCAUGGAGGCAGAGGACUGGAUGCAGGAUUAAGAGGAGUGGGGCAGAUUAGGGCUCCUGAAUGGAGAAAUAAACCUUGGGGAAGAGUGUCACAAGAGCCAAACUCCUGCACAAACAAAGCAGAAAGUAGCAGACAGGCCCCCACCACCACCAGCCGUACUGCUCGCUCUACUCGCCAGCGACCUGGCUGCUUGGUACCUCCCUUGGAAAUGGAGAAUAAAAGAGCCAAGAAACCAGCAAAAAAGGCUGCAAAGAAAGAAGCGGAGGGGAGAUGCAGCGUGUCACCCCAAGGCCAAAGUACAAGUAGCAGUACAAGUAGUGAAGGUGGGGAGGGUAGCAGCCGGAGUCGGAGCAGCAGUGUGAGCAGCCAGCGCACCCAUAGCUUCAGCUCUCAAAGCACUGGCCCUCUCUUUUCCCACUCCCGUGCCGCUUCCUCUUGUAGUGACCAAGAAAGGGGUCAGGAAAGUAGAGACCAGCCUGGGAAGAAGAGAAAUCCCAGGGAAAGAGCAGACAGAGAUAGAAAGAGUCGAAAGGAAAAGUGGAGACACCAGGAGAGAGAUUCCCCUACUUUAUUACAGAGCCGGGGGCCAGAGUUGAGCAUCGGCUCCAGUGAAGGGACACCUGACAGGGUGCUGCGCAGCGUGGCUGCUCUGGCAGCUGCUCAAGCCCGAACCCCAGCAAGCAACACUCGCUCCUCUUCUAAUCAUCACCAUCAGCAACAGACCCAUGUUCGUCGUACCAAGACCUGAAGAGCAAAUGGAGGGAGAGGAUAGCUGACUGAUAGAAAGGAAGAAAUGGUGGUGGUACUGGUCAGUAGCUUUCAGAGAAGGGAACUGAGACCACUAAUGGGGAUAAAAAGCAGAGAAGGAGACUGCAGGUUUCUGAACAGCAAUCUCUCCCUUUAAAAUUCUGUGCAUCCCUCCCCUCCGGUCUAUUCCCUUACAUGAGCUGUUCACCAAUUCUGUUCGAGCAAUGCAAGCCUGGAUGCAAAGUGGCUAAGAUGAACAAUUCCCUGGACAGCUACCAUGUACUGAGUGGAAAAACAGGAGCAUGGUGAAUGGGGUUAAUGUCCCCACUAAGUAGAGACAUUAAGCUCUGUGAGCCGCUGGUGAUGUCACUUUAUAUAGACUUGUCUGACUGUGCUGCAAGGACAUGUAAACUUUAAAGUAUGGAACAGUGGGUUGGAGGGGUUAUUCAUUCAGGCAAUGUACUGUAACCCAAUUAAAGAAGACCGAAGAGUACAUUCUUUACCCCUGAUUUCAAAUUGUACCCCUGAAUACACUGAUCAGAAGUUAUUGAUGAGGCUUGAUUGUCUUGAUGCAGAAUUCAUUAAUGAUUUUGAGCUGGGGUUUAGAAGUAUGUUUAAAGUUUUAGACAGGUUCUGGAGAAUUUUUGACAGAUGUUCUGGUUUUGUGUGCAUAAAGUCAGUUUAUUCCAGGUAAGACAAGAGGGAGUCUGUGAAAUUAUUCUUUACUGCACUAUGCUGGAGUUACUCUUUGCUUGGGCCUCCCUAGUCAUUUUCUCUCCAUCUGACUCUUAAGAUUAUACAUUUGCACAGCUGACAAAUUGUCCCUACUGUUUGCUUCUUUUUCUUUGUCAAUUCUUGAUUACUCUCAAAAUGCAAUUCUUCAGGUAAGAAUGUGCAGAUUUGUCUCCUGCAUCUUUUCCGAAACAUAAGCCAUUUCGCUCUCAAACAUAGCUGAAUUGAUGAAAAGGAUCUUGAAUGAAGAUUAAAUUAAUAGGGGACUAAGUGGUUGUGAAGUUGAGGUAAAUACCUUGAGUCACAUAAGCGGUAAAUUCCAUGGCAAUCUGAAAAAACCUCUGCAGCAGUUACAAGUGGACAGAUGUCCUGGGAGUGGUGCGAUGUGUGGUCAGUUUACUUUGGGAAUGCCUUACUUCUGUGAAAGCUUUUGGGGGAGUGGUGUUUUGAUGGAAAGGGUGAAAUAUGGUGGUGGUCUUAUUUUACUUUCUAUUUUUCAGUUGCUACAUUCCUGCGUUCUCUUGUAAUUCCACAUUAUUUUACUUGAACGAUUAAAAAAACAAAAAAAGAAAGACAAUAAAAAGACCAAAAAAACUGUCAGGCUUUUGUGCUGUGCAUAAAGUUUAUUUAGGGUUUGGAAUGCAGUUUGUUAAUGUAUGUUUUCUUAUUCCAGGUUUUGACAAAAUGGCUCAUGCUCAUAGUAACAUUAAUGAAAGCAUCUCCCGAACUCAAGAGAAGGCUGAGGGCUGUCAUCUUUGCAAUAUUGUGCAAUAUUUGAACUGGAGCAUCUAACCCAGCGUAACCCAUGCCCAGUUAUGCUAAUUACUGUUUUCACUCAGAAAAUUAAGUAGGGCAAUUAUAAUACUGUUAAAAAUGCACAUUUGAGCUCACAUGCCUCAUAAAACACUGAAAACUGACUCGUAAAUGGCUGAGGGAGGAAGGGUUUCAGUCAUGACAUCCAUGCCAUUGCACAAUUACCCAUGAGGCACCUGUUGUUUGCUGCACCCGUUUUAAUUUUAAUUCCUCUAACGUAAUGACUGCAUUGCUCAGCUUGUUAACUAGAAUGAGAACGAUAUUCUGUGCUCUCCUGAAUUGGCCCCAUUUUGAAAAUAUAAAAAAUCUUGCUCCAGUCUACUGGACAAUUUUUAGCAUUGAGUUUUGGUUUAUGUUGGCACAAAUUUAUUAAAUUACAUUUGCAACAUGGUUGCAGUUUUAUUCCUUUUAUUAUGUUUUUCUGUGUAUUUGUGCUGUAUAAAUAUAUGGGUGGAUUUAGAUUUGAUGUGGAUCGGUGCAAAUGCUUAGUGAUUUUUUUUGUUCUACCUAGUUAAAUGCAUUUUUUAAAUUCCCCACUGGUAAUGCGGUUAUCAUGGAAUUGUAGUCAUGCAUAGCCAACCCCAGACUACUUGAUGGGAGGCAAUUAUGAAAAAGAAAUAUGUGUGUUGCAGAAGUGUCCACACACACUUCUACUGUAACAAAAUUAUAAAUUCAUUAUUGCAAAAUAAAUGCUUCCCUACUUUCCCACUCAA